CUAAAAGUCUUAAAGUAUGAUUCAAACUCUGAAAGGCUACGACGUACACCACAUUAUAUAACCCAAUUCGAAGGUUUUCCUCCAUUUCCCCCUCACCCCAAAUUCCGAAAGCACCUUCCAGGAAUUGAGGAAGAAGAAUCAUCCAGAGGCCUAGUCAAUCAAAAGAUACCCACUAAGCGAAAACACGUGUGUAAAUUUCUCCGCUUCUUUGUCACUUCUUAGGUUGGAUUCUUUUUGUUGUGGCCUUUCCGAUUGCAAAUUGGCAAUUGCAAUGGAUCUUGAUUGGAGGAAGUUUCCUGUUCAUUAAAGAUCCUUUUUUUUUUUUUUGUUAAUUAUUUAUUUGUCUGUGUUUUCUUCAAUUUGAGGUGCUUUUGGAGUUUGAGGGAUUGAUGAUAUGGAUAUUUGGGGUAAUUGUUUGUGUUGAACUGUGGGGGAUUUGGGGUUUUUGAGAUCUUGAUCGAUUUCUUGCAUUGUACCUGUUUGAUGGUUAUCGUCAAAGAGAAGGAUAGGCUUGUGAACCUACGGUGCUUGAUUCCGGGUGUUCUCAGGCCACUGGCUUUGCCGUUUGAGAAGAAAGUGUUCCGGGUUUGCAUCACAAUAGAAAAGUGGGACAAGGAGUUCUACAAACUGCCAGGAGGAUAAUUGGUUCUAUCUGAUUUGUAUCAUCACUGGGUUUAUCUUGUUGGGGCCAUUGGUGAUUAGUUGUAAUUUGUAAACACAACAAUUACCUAAAGAUGGAGUCUACCCAAGGCUCGACUUUGUCAACUAAUGUAGCGGGGUUGGUAGAAGGGUCUUCGGCUCGAAGAGAGUUUUAUUAUCUUGAUUCUCUGCCCAUCUAUGCUAAGGAGUUUAUUGCUGGAGGGACUGCUGGUGCAUUUGCCAAAACUGCUGUUGCUCCGCUGGAACGGGUUAAAAUACUUCUGCAGACAAGAACCGAAGGAUAUCGUUCCCUUGGAGUUUCUCAAUCCCUUAAAAAGCUACUGCAGCAGGAAGGUUUUGUAGGAUUUUACAAGGGUAAUGGAGCAAGCGUCCUUCGAAUUGUUCCCUAUGCUGCCUUACAUUUUAUGACCUAUGAACGGUAUCGAAGUUGGAUUUUGGACAACUACUCUCCCUUAGGAACAGGACCCAUUGUAGAUCUUUUGGCUGGCUCAGUAGCAGGAGGAACAGCGGUUUUAUGUACAUAUCCCUUGGAUUUGGCUCGCACUAAACUGGCUUACCAGGUUGUGGACAGAACUCCGGAGAGCAGUAUCAGAUGUAGUCGUCCUCAACCUGCAUACAAUGGCAUAAAGCAUGUUUUUCAGGCUGUUUAUAGAGAGGGUGGGGCCCGUGCACUCUACCGUGGUGUAGGCCCCACGCUAGUUGGUAUUCUUCCUUAUGCUGGAUUGAAGUUUUACAUUUACGAGGAACUAAAGACGCAUGUUCCGGAAGAACAUCAGAAGUCUAUUAUGAUGCGUCUUUCUUGUGGAGCUCUAGCUGGUUUGUUUGGACAGACUUUCACGUAUCCAUUGGAUGUCGUAAGGAGGCAGAUGCAGGUGGAGAACCUGCAACAAGGCAAUGCUAGAUAUCGAAGUACAUUGGACGGGCUCUCGGUCAUUGUUCGUGAACAGGGUUGCAGACAAUUGUUCGCUGGCCUCAGCAUUAACUAUAUCAAGAUUGUUCCCUCUGUUGCAAUUGGCUUCACAGCAUAUGAUUUGAUGAAGGCAUGGCUUGGCAUUCCCCCUCGGCAGAAAGAGAAAACAGUGUCUUCUGCUACUUAGAUAUUAGCUGCCAUUGUUGACCAUGGAGACUAAUAUACAUACAUAUAUACAUACAGCUGAUGAUGUGGGCAUGCAUAUUGUUGAAGAAGGCCCUACCAGUUCCUCACCUAUACAUAUAUCACUAUAGAUAAAAUCUUUGGCAGUUUUUCAGUAUUUUUGCUAGCAAUUUAACAUGUCUAGCUGUAUUUGGAUUGGUACAUUUCAAUAACAUAUUCAAUGUUUCUAUUUUAAUCUAUUAAAUUUGUUGAAUAUAGAUGGAUGCUUUUUAACA